GUCAACGGCGUCAACGUCAUAUGCGUUAUACGGGAGCGAGGAGCACUAACACGGAGCACACAAUAAAGUGGACGUUUGUGUUACAUCGACGCCAUUUUCUGCUCCCGCCAUACGAAUGCAGACCGAAAUUCUUAGCCACAAAUCGACAUAUACAACUCUCAAAUAACACUUACACCGUGCUUCUUCUGCACCGCACCGCAAAGAUGACCGCGCACGACCAAAUGCGUGCAAUGCUGGACCAGCUAAUGGGUACUGGACGCAAUGGUGAGAACAAUAAAUUUCAGGUGAAAUUUAACGAUCCCAAAGUCUGCAAGUCGUUCCUCUUAGGUUGCUGUCCGCACGAAAUACUCACAUCUACGCGCAUGGACCUCGGGGAAUGCCCGAAAAUUCACGACUUGGCCCUGCGGGCUGACUACGAGAAAGCGCAAACGAAUCGUGACUAUUUCUACGACCUCGAUGCAAUGGAACAUCUUCAGGCAUUUAUCGGCGACUGCGAUCGACGCACGGAGUCAGCUAAGCAGCGGUUAGCGGAAACGCAGGAGGAGCUCAGCGCUGAAGUGGCAGUGAAGGCAAACAGUGUCCACGAACUAGCUGAGCAAAUAGGUCAGAAGCUCGCCAAGGCCGAGCAGCUCGGCGAAGAGGGCUUCGUCGACGAGAGCAUGCGGCUCAUGGAAGAGGUGGACGAGCUGCGCAAAAAGAAACUCGAAGCGGAGCAGGAGUAUCGGAAUUCGAUGCCUGCGAGCAGCUAUCAACAGCAGAAGUUGCGUGUCUGCGAGGUGUGCUCGGCGUACCUGGGCAUCCACGACAACGACCGUCGGCUAGCGGAUCACUUCGGCGGUAAACUGCAUCUGGGUUUUAUCAAGAUUCGCGAGAAGUUGACCGAGUUAGAGAAAACGGCCGAGAAGCGCAAAGAGGAGAAACGGGUGAACACACGAGAUCGAGGUAUUGAUCGCGAGAGGGACAGGGAGGAUCGUUACAAGGAGCGCCACCGUGAGCAGUAUGUGGGCGGGCGUGAGCUCGACCGCCGAUCAAAACGGCAUCGGAGUAAGUCGCGCGAGCGGCGGGAACGCGCUGGUGAGCGCGAUCGGGACCGCGAGCGAAAUGGGCGAGGCCGACGCGGACGAUCACGGACACGCAGCCGAGAACGUCGGUCACAUUCUAGGCACUCCGGCGGUAACGAGCGGCGGCGCGAGCGGGUAUGAAGCAGCACGUGGAAAGUUCGAAUUGAGUGACUGCGCAUCGUUUUUAGAACUUAAUUAUUAAUUAUUCCUUUAUUAUAUAUAUAUGUAUCCAUUAAAUUAUGUAUAUGUAUAUAUACACCCACACGAUUGUACUACUUUAUAUUGUAUACUUUUUUCUUUAUAGUCUAGGGAAUUUAGGACGGGAUCGUGAACGCAUGCAUGCAAAAUAAUUGAAAUGUACCUCCAUAUGUGAAUAAAUCAGUCAUCUUACUAA